GGCGGAGUCUCUGACCACCUUUAGUUUGUCUUCCUCAGGUGCUGAAAGACGCCAUGUUGGAGAAUCUGACCCCUGAGCUGUUUGUUGAUGUCAGUAAACCCAAACGCGACGGCACCAUCAACCUGGACAGAGUGACCAGACAGCUGUGUCCAGACCUCAGGUACUUUGUGGCCUUCUCCUCUGUCAGCUGCGGCCGUGGGAACGCCGGCCAAAGUAACUAUGGUUACGCCAACUCUGUGAUGGAGCGCGUGUGUGAAAAGCGGCGCUUCGAUGGCCUGCCAGGGUUGGCGGUCCAGUGGGGGGCUAUUGGAGACGUGGGAGUGGUGUUGGAGACGAUGGGCGGAAACGACGUAGUGAUUGGGGGCACCCUGCCCCAGCGCAUCACUUCCUGCCUGGAGGUGCUGGACCUGUUCCUGCAGCAGCAGCAGGCGGUGAUGUCCAGCUUCGUGCUGGCAGAGAGGAGCACAGUGAGGAGCGAGGCGGGGAGUCAGAAGGACCUGGUGGAGGCCGUAGCUCACAUUCUGGGAGUUCAGGAUGUGAAGCAGCUGAACGCUGAGGCCUCGCUGGCCGACUUGGGCUUGGACUCUCUGAUGGGCGUGGAGGUUCGCCAGACGUUGGAGCGGGACUACGACAUCGUGAUGGCUAUGAGGGAGAUCCGCCAGCUCACCAUUAACAAGCUUCGGGGGUUGGCAGAAGGAACGAAAGAUUGUAAACAGACCAAAUCGGCCAAGGACGCCACUCGCUCUGUACUGCAGUCUGACGUGAGCCAGGUUCUGGUGGACCCCAGCGGGCCCACGCUGAUUCCUCUGAACCAGGUGAACAGCCAGGAGAGCCCCCUGUUCCUGGUCCAUCCUAUCGAAGGCUCCACCUCUGCCUUCAGGACGCUGGCCUCCAAGCUGGGCCUGCCCUGCUUCGGCCUACAGUGCACCAGAGGUACGUCAAACACAGAAGCAUCACUUCAUGAUGGGGGAGGAUCGCCUCGUCUCGCCUCCAGUUAGUGAAGGAGCUCCAAA